UCAGUUUAGUACACAAAUUUCUAAAACGAGGCGUAGCGAUCAACAACAUGGCAGCUCUUGACGAAAAUUCUAACACGGUUUUACAAGGAAUCGCCCGCCAUAUCAAUUGUUUGAGUGAAGACAACAGAAACACGAGGAAAAGGGCACUAGAGAAUAUCCAGAGAGACACACUCAAGAGGAACAUCGCUUUAGAAUCAACAGAACUCCGGUUAAUUUUUAAAGAAAUUCUGCCCCCUGUUCUAAAAAUAUUUUCUGACCCGGUUGAAAAAUGUCGAGAACUCUCUACAAAUGUCGUUAUGUCUUUUCUCAAGAUAGUUCCCGAUCCCGAGGAUUACCUUUCUUAUAUUAUACCAGUCUUAGUUCAGCGCUUAGGACAACAAGAAAUUGUGGAAAACUCAGAAGAACAGAGACUGCUGCUGGUUGAACUCCUGAAACAAAUUGUGGAAUUUUCUGGAAAAAACAUAGCAAUGUAUUUGGAUGAUUGCAUUUCAAUACUUCAGAGAACAAUUGUGGAUCCCUAUCCAGAAGUAAAGAAAGAAAGUUGUAGAUGUGCAGGGUAUUUGGCUAAGAAAAUUCCUGAGCACUUUCACAUGCAAUCAGAAUCUUUGAUAAAGCCAUUAUUAUGGUCAAUAGCCCAUCAACAUUCUAAAGUUCGUACUAUCGUUGUAGAAGCCAUAGGUGAUGUUGUGCAGUACGGUAAUGGUAAAACAGUUGAACCUGUAGUUUCUCACCUGGCACAGAGAUUGUUUGAUCAAUCUCCAGCUGUUCGGAAAGUUCUAAUUAAAGUUGUUGGCUCAUGGCUACUAGACUUGCCUGAUAGAUAUUCUUUCUUUCACAAACUUAUCCCACUCUUAUUGACUGGUAUAACAGAUGAACAGCCAGAAAUAUCAGAAUUAGCUGAUUCUUAUUGGCAUGACACUGGUAUAAAAUAUGAAAGAGAAAAUGAAGAUGAUUUGAAAGAUAAACAAGAUUUUGCCAAAGAAGAUCCACAACAUUAUCCCCCAAAUGUUGAAAGACCAAAUUUAGGAUGUCGUAUAUUGAUGCAAAGGAACUUGUCAAAGAUAUUACCAGGUUUAAUGAAAGAUAUUGGUGACUGGGUUCUAGAAACAAGAAUAAAAUCGGCAGCUUUGCUCUAUGUUUUAUUACUAAAUGCAGAAGAGUACAUUACUCAACAUAUGGAAAUAGUCUUGUCAGGAUCAUACAGGGCUUGUAUGGAUGAAGAACCAAAAGUAGUACGAGAUGUUUUUCGAUCAUGUGAAUUAAUUGGUUAUUUUGUAUCACCUGAAGUAUGGUGUAAAAUUGUACUAAAUAAUGUCAGAGCAUCUCAAUCCUCAGGAAGUUUAAUGGUUUUAGCUGCUGUGAUAAGAGGCUCUGAAAAGGAAAAGUUAAAACCUUAUUUAUCAAAGAUCUGUGAAACCAUAACUUCAUCUGAUGUUUGUCAAUCUAUUCAGCCUCAAGUACAGCUCCAGUUAAUAGCAUGUGUAGAUUCUAUUGGGUUAAUAAUGGCUGAUGAAACAUCAUCUGUAGCUCUACAACUAUUUACAGUUUUACUGACUGCCCUAGCAUUGGCUCAAGAUCAGAAUGUGAAAGACAAGGUUAAUUCAUCUUUAGAACAACUAGCAACAGUUCAUGGCUUAGCAUCUAAACAACAUCUGUUUGAAUUGUACACAAAAUCUGUCAUAAAACAGUUUGAUGAUAAUUAUUUCUCCUGGACAAAUCAUUCAAUGGAACGUCAGAUAUUUGAUACUUUAUUGAUAGAAGCUGGUGAUGUUAUUGGAGAUCUGUUAGAAGAUAUCAUACCUAUUCUGGUCACCAGUCUUAAACCAGAAAAAGACCCUGAGAUGCGGUUAAAGUUUUUUACACUUCUGUCACGUUUAGUAAUGAAUGCUGCCAACACACUGGAUUCUAAGAAGAAAUUUAGCGGUUUUGCUGUAUCUGUUGUUAAAGAUAUGGUGAUGCCGAACUGUGUAUGGAGAGCUGGUAGAACUGCGGGUGCUAUAAGAACUACUGCUGUCUCAUGUCUGUGGGCCUUAUUAAAAAGCCAUGUACUUAGUAAAGAAAAGAUGGAGCCCAUUGUAGAAAAUCUACUAACUCAAGUUAUGACCUUGAUGGAAGAUGACAAUAAAAGUACACGUUUGAUAGCUUGUCGUGUUUUAACCAGAUUAUUCGAACUGAUGGGUGGAACUUUAAAUCAAGAUCGUCUACAUAACAUCUACCCAGAAUUAUUGAAAAGACUGGACGACAGUAGUGAUGAAAUUCGUGUUGUUGUUGCCAAGACAUUUUUAGCUUAUUUUGAUUGUUUUGGUGAAGGUUAUGAUCCUGAUUUAUAUAAAGCUCAUUUAGAAGCUAUAUUUAAAGGAUUAUUAGUUCAUUUAGAUGAUUCAGAGAAAAAGAUACAAGAAGCCAUUUUAGAAGUUUUAAAAAGAGCUGGACAGCUCCACCCUGCUAUGCUAAAACAAGAAGUAGAAUCAGUUAAACAUAAACAUCGUACAGGACAGUAUUGUGAUAUCCUAUUAAAAGAUAUUCAGGUUCAAUAACAUAUUUAUCAACGUCUCCAUCCAUUAUCAGCAUUUUCCUUGUAACAGUUAAUUAUUAAAUUACAGUAUGCUCUCAUGAAUAGCUGUAUUAUACAUAACUGUAUAUAUCAUAUUAUCGAGCCUAAAUAUUUGUGUAUAUCAUACAUAUUCUUUUUGUGUAUUUCAUACAUGUUAUAUUUGUGUUUAUCAUACAUGUUAUAUUUGUGUUUAUCAUACAUAUUCUGUUUGAGUAUUUCAUACAAGUUAUAUUUGACAUGAUGUAAAUGUACAUCACAUUAUAUCCAUGUACAAUGUAUUGUUUCAUUUGUGUAAUUGUUUUUUGUUUAUAAUAAUUUAUUUGUACAUUAAAUAUAGUAUACUUUACACUGAAAAAAUGUUUGUCAACAUUAAACAGAUAUUUUUGGAAAAGCGUAUAAGUGUUCUUUAAACAUACAUUAUGCAAGAGCUAAAUCUGUCUAUUGCAGGUCUUUCUUUAGGCAUGAAAUGUUAUUUAAAUUAACGGGUUAAGUAAACCUAACAAAAUUUUACAGAGUUUAUAUAACACUGGGUUAAAUAUAAACAUUGCCACCGAACUACUCCAUAACACUAAGAAAUAGGAGCAUGCAAAACUAAACUAAUUGCAAUUUGUAGCAGAAAUUUUAGAGUUAACACUG